AUGCUGGCAGGACAAAGUACCACAGAUAUGUACCUGCCAAGAUUCACAGGCUUGAAGAUCGUAGUCCGUGACAAACCUCACGCCACCAGGCGCAACCUUUCCAGGGGAUGGAAGGCUGAUGUUUUUCUGCAAGAGGUUUCCUUCAGGUUCAUUUUUGCAAAGGAUUCUCCCACCAGAUUGAUACAAAACAGCAAUGUGUUUCAAGGACUGUUUGCAGCGAACAUUCACCGGAUCAAUCCUGGAACUUCAGCUGUCAAGAUUCAGCAACAUGUGAAAGAUUUGGGCUUUGCAGCCCACAGAUUCGAGUCAGCCAGCAAGCCAAUGACACGAAUUGUGUUGCUGUGGCCGGCCUUCAUUGCAACAGUGGUGCAAAUAGCACAGGAACGCCAGUCUGAGCCUGCAGGAAAAUCUGCAAGCAGCUUCUUGGAAUGGCUGACGCCAGAGCGCAUUGUUCAACUGGGAAUGCUGGCCGACGCCGCCAUAGAGAAUUUGGAUCUUACUCGCCUCGUUGAUUGGCAGGGCUUCCCUCUUGAAGAAUUGCCAGCAAAACUUGUGGGGUUUCGUGAUCGUCUUCGUGCGCUCUUCAAAGGUGCUCCAGCCAUUUGUUUGAGCACAGGUUGCACUGAAAUCAUGCUGAACUGGUUGAAGAACCCAAUGAUUUUAGUAUUUCCUGGGCCUGGAGGCCGACAGUUGACCAACACAAUUGGAGCGCCUUCCCAGUUUGAUAUUGCAGCAUGCCUGGGCCGCAUGGCACAUUGGGUGACUUUGUGUGAAGCCACCAUCCGUGCAGAAUUUCCUCACUUCGAGACUCAGCAGGCCUUCAGCAUUUUCAAUGUGAAAGAUGUUGAAGGGAAUCCCCCAGACAGGGUUUUGAGGACAAAUUGUCUUUCAAGGCUGCUUCGAGCAUUUCAAGAACCAGACAAUGACGUAGCAGGGGAAGAGUUUCAAAGAGUUUGGCAUGUGGCCCGGAGGAUUUGUGUGGAUGAAGGGCUGUCAUCCGUUGACUCUUGGAGAAAAGCUUUUCAAGAUCUCUCUCGGCUACGGACAGGUCCUAGAAGGGACGUUUUGCUUCCAGUGCUGGUUCGAUUUUGGGCUGCUGGUGCAUCCACUUCCGGUGUAGAGCAGUCGUUCUCACGUGCCCGGUCAUUGUGUGAUGGCUUGCAACUGAAUGGUCACUGCAACGACGUGAUGGAGGCAAGGGUGCUUGACAUCAUUGCCGCUGACUCCGGCAAAGUGAUCGAACGUGCUGCUGAAUUAUGGGGGCAAUUUUAUGGUGUUGUGAGGGUGUCAGGAAGUAGCUGUCGCAUGAAGAGAUCUGACAGUGGCCGUCCCAAGGCCAAACAAUCAGGGGGUAAGCCAUCCAUGGCCAAUUGGGUUGAACAGCGCCGGGAAGCUGUUCGCUGCAAAUCUGGCAGCUCUGUUGCUACCAUUGAUCCUGAUGGGGCACUCUGGACUGAAAGACAUCAAAAAGAGUUGGCAUUCCAAGAGGCAAAGGGGGUCAUGCGUUUGGCUGAAGAGGUUUGUGCUGGACGACACGAUGCCCUCAGCUCGGUCCCAACUGCGGAGCUGGAGUUGGUUCUGGAGGCGGACGCAGCUGUGUUCGUCUUGAAGAGCCUGCAGAACAUCCCCGCAUCUGUGUCGUGGAAUGCAGGUUUGUGUGGUGGUAUAGUCUGUGGGCCUGACUUUGUGAUCUCUGGAUCUGGGAUGCACCACUUCCCUGAAAGCAAGUGGCUUUUGGCCCGGGAUCCGGAGCAUCUUCGGACUCGUGCUACUGGUUCGGCCUGGAAUAUGGUGCCAAACAAGUUCACAUUGGCAGAAGCUGCCAACUUUGCUGCGAAGAUCCGUCCGGAUCAAUCUGUGAUGGUCGGAUGUGGGUCUGAAUUAGUGAGUUGCGUUUACCUCAGUGACCAGCUACCUGAUUUGAACAUCAACACGUUGAAGCACGUGGAUGAAGCUGCUGCUAAGGCAGUCGUGAAGCGUGCUGUCAAGGUCAAAGACCAGGUUGCCUUGGUCCAAGCGGAAAACUCCACUUCCACUUGUGCCAUCAAUGCCAAACUUCAGGCUUACCUAGGAGAAUGUGAUGCCAAGAUCAAGAACGCCUGGAAGGACAUCAUGAAUUUGCCCGGUCAAACCCAUUCGGAGACAGGGCUCCCUUUCUAUGAUUCUGUUACCGCCACACGGAUGUUGAGUGGCCACAAGACCUACACCUGUGUUGCCCCUCUCUUUUGGCUGAACACCGGGUUUGACUUACAGCCCAAUGUUCCCAAGUACCGCAAGCGCUUGGAGAACCUGAAGAACCAUUUCUUUGGCCAACCCAAUCAUUUGACCCAGGAAACAUUGGUGCGUCUCAGUCCAGGAGAUUUACCCCACAAGAUGAUUGGGACCCUUCAAGCCACAGACUUGACGGAGAUGCGUGACGCCCUCCGCAUGGCUGCAGCUGAGGCGCUGGAUGACCCCAAUCUCAGCAGAAAGGACAAACAGUCCUGGAAGGAUGCCUUGCUGGCCAUCCCACUUCGCUUUGAGGUGCACGAGAGCGACACUCCGAUUGAGACUGUCUUUCAGACAGUGGUGCAGGCUCGUGAAGAUCUGGUUGUCAAGCGGGACAACAUGGGGACCACAGCAUUGAUGAGGGUGUAUGAAGUCAUGGACGUGAAACGACGAAUCGGAGGCAAGAACAACAAAGCUGUCUUGGAAUACUACUCCAAGGUCAAAAUGGCCAAGACUUCGGAGCCUGUCACAAAUUCCUUCCUUGACAUCGCUUCGAUGUUGUCAUCCUCUUGUUUGAACAUCCCAGAGGUUGUGACAAUUCUCAUGGGCUUGGAUGAGAUGGAGGUGAACCCAUUGGACUCCCCAGCGAAGCUGCGAGAAAUCUGCAUUCUUUGCGAGAAGAAACCGCAGCUGCAGAUUUGGUCCUUUUCCAUGCUAGCGGACCAAUGGUUGCACACUGAUGGGAAAGAGAAGAUUCCCUACAGAGAGCUGAAAGACGGAGGUGAAAACUAUUCCCUGGUGAAGUUGGCCCUGUUCAAGCGCCAGCUCAGGGACUACCUUUGGAAGGAGAUGGACGCUGUCUUCAACCUGUGGGAUUCCGAAAUCCGUGGGGAGAUUCGCAAAGUCACCGACAGUUUGCAGACAUGUCGGGAAACCUUGGGCUACUUCAGUGACAAGGGCACCAGCAAGAACUACCAUGCUCGUGGCUCCUGGCCUGCUUCUGCCGAUGCAUACCUGAUCAUGUUUGAGGUUCUGGUGUACGACUACGUGCACGAUGAUCUCUUCAAGCAGCAGCUGAAGAACCACCGAGGCAUCGAUGACAUCUUGAUGCACAAGGACAUCAGGCAUUACUGGGACACCGUGAAGAAGAACUACGACAAGGAGAAUGGUCAAGAGGAACCAGAACUGCAGCCUUCUGAGCUUUUGCAGCAGGCCUCCUUGGUGCUUGACAGUGCGAGUCAAGCUGCCAAUCUAUCCCAAGCAGAACAGGUGCUUUUGGCAGCUUCACCUGACCAGCGUGAGUCAGAAGCAUACACACGCAUCCAUGCUGGCAUUUUGACAGCUGAGAAGCGCGUCCAGAGCUUGGUGACUUUGGUGGUGGAUGAGGGAGCAGGGGGUGAGGCUCAGAUGGUCAAGGAGAUUAAGGAAUCACCUGCUGCAAUGAUCAAAGGCGACUGUGACUCACAUCAGCAUGUCGCUAUUGUCUUGGAUGCCAAGGUCUUGUGUGAGAGUGGAUCGCAAGCCAAAUGGCGCUUGCCCCCUACGAGGGCACCACAAGUGAAGAGACUGGUCGGAGCCUUUUUGAGCAGCAGGGCUGAUGGUGAGCUUGAUGAUGCUGAUGUCAUCGUCGGGCUUGACGGUGGCAAGAACGGUGAUUGGGAGGAGAAGCACAUUGUGAAACAUCUCCCUGGGAAGAAGUACGCCGUCACCAAGCACAUUGUCUUCUUCAACCACAGCUCCGUGGAGAAGAGGAUGGAGAGGGCUUCUAAGGGGCCCCUUGAUCUCACGGAGAAUUUGUCCUACAUCACUGCUGGGAAUGUGCCAGUGGCUGUGAAGGUGCAGCCACGUCUUGUGACCUCCGGAAACACCAGAGGCAAUGUGGUGGGGCCGCUGGACAAGUUGGAUUGGUCUGACACCUCGAGGACCUGGUGCGUUCCCUACAAGUUGAAGAAAGAAAUCUUGGGAGAUGGAAAUCUUCCUUUGCCUGGGGGACAAUGUCCGGUAGAACAUGAUGCAGAGGCUCCACCGAGGCAUGUGGAUAUGAUUCCGGUCUUCUAUCACGAAGGCCCUCCUGAGGUGGCUAUGGAAGCCUUGCACUACUUGCAAGCAGUGGCUUGCAUUGAUUUGUCGCCUGGUGCAGGAUCUUGGGCACUGCAGUGCGUCCGCAACAGGACACCAUACACUGGUGUUUGCCUGAGUCAAACCCACAAGGAUGAAAUCAUGAAGAGGCUGACAUCACAGACUGUCAUGGGCAUGUGCAAUGCCAACGACAAGCUUUAUGAUGCCGCCUUCUCUGAGCACUUGAAGAAUGUGGCAGCUACGGAUGGGCAUGACAUCCAGCCAGAUCCCGUGAAUCCUGGCAGUGGCAGCAAUGGAAAUGAGAAUGGUCCAGACCGUGGUCGGGGAGGCCGUGGUCGCGGCGGUCGAGGUGGCCGCCGAGGACGUGGGCGUGGGCGUGGCAACCAGCCAGUUGGCCCACAGCCUAGUGGCAGUGGAGGAGGUGAUGCACGUGAGGCAUUGCUUCGAGCGAUCCAGGCAGCGGCAGAUGACGAGGAAGGGGCGGCUGGUGGGGCUGAUGGAGCAGGCACUGAGGACUGA